AUGAGAUCUGUAAUUAAGGCCCUGUCCUUAGCUGCUGUUUUAUUACCCUUUGUAACUGCUGUCACUACUACUAGUAGGGGUUCUGGUUCAGAUGUGGAAGAUGGUUCAAAGCCUUUACAAUCCUUUAUGAUGGCAGUUUCAAUGAUUGGUAUUUCAGAAAUUGGUGAUAAGACAUUUUUGAUUGCUGCUUUAAUGGCCAUGCGUCAUCCAAGAUGGUUAGUAUUUUCAUCUGCUGCCUCUUCGUUAGCUAUCAUGACUAUAUUAUCUGGUAUUGCUGGUCAUACUUUUAUUUCUUUGAUCCCUGAAAGACUUACACAUGUCUUAGCAGGUCUAUUAUUUUUGGUAUUUGGUUACAAAUUGAUUCAAGAAGGUUUAGCUAUGUCAAAAGACGCAGGUGUCGAAGAAGAAUUAGCUGAAGUGGAAGAAGAAUUGGCAGCCACCGACAUGAACCAAGAAUUAGAUGACUUAGAAACAGCAGGUGCCCCAAAUUCUAAAAAUAUUCAUAAGAAAAAUUCGGUGACUACAAUUUCUGAAAGAUUAACAAAUUUGGCAUCAUUAGUAUUCUCACCAAUUUGGGUUCAAAUCUUUGUUAUGAACUUUUUGGCUGAAUUUGGUGAUCGUUCUCAAAUUACUAUCAUAGCGAUGGCUUCUGACACCAAUUAUUGGUACGUUAUUUUUGGUGCUGUUGUAGGCCAUUUAUUAUGUACCGGAUUUGCUGUCAUUGGUGGUAAAAUAUUAGCUACAAAGAUUAGUAUGAGAACUGUGACAUUAGGUGGUGCUAUCUCCUUCUUUGUAUUUGGUUUCUUAUACUUCCUAGAAGCUUACAAAAUGUCCGAAGAAUACUAA